GAUUGAUUUAUUAAUUUAAUUUUGUUUUGUUUUGGAAAUCCUCACUUCGCUCGUUUGAAAGGGUUUCACAAUCUUUAGUCAUAAUAAUACUUCCCUCUCUCUCUCUCUCUCCCUCUCUCUAUUGUGCGCUUGCAACAAAAACUUGGUCCAUCCCAUCUUUGGUCUCCCAUUUGCUUCCCAUUUGCUCUCGUUUUUGUACCUGGGAUUUUGGACGUGAUUUUCUCUUGCAGAAGACUUGUUUACAGUACCACCUACCUACCGACCAAUCCAUUAAUUUUUGGAGGAAAUCAGGAAUCAUGUUGUCUUCUAUGAUUCCCACCACCGUCCUCGCACUUUGCGCAACAGUUACACUCGCGGUUCAAACGAUCGAGAUACAAGGUUCCGAUUUCGUCAAUUCUGUUACCGGUGAUCGAUUUCAACUUUUGGGCGUCGCAUAUCAACCUGGUGGAUCUUCAGGCUACAAUCCUGCGAGUGGUGUUGAUCCUUUGAGUGAUGGCGCGGUUUGCUUGAGAGAUGCGGCUUUGAUGCAACAGUUGGGUGUUAAUGCUAUUCGUGUCUAUAAUGUGGAUGGAAACCUUAAUCACGAUGAGUGUGCAAGUAUCUUCAAUGAGGUCGGAAUCUAUAUGUUGAUUGAUGUCAAUUCUCCUCUAUCUGGCGAGAGUAUCGAUAGGAGUUCUCCAUCGACCACAUACGAUGUUUCAUAUUUGAACAGAACUUUCGCCGUUGUUGAAGCCUUUAAGGAUUACCCAAAUACUUUACUUUUCUUUGCUGGAAAUGAAGUCAUUAAUGAUAAUGAUACUGGUGGAACUGUUCCCCCAUAUAUGAGAGCCGUCACUCGUGAUCUCAAAAACUACAUCUCAAAACAUUCGUCCCGCUCUAUUCCAGUGGGUUACAGUGCUGCAGAUGUUCGCGAUAUUCUCCUCGAUACUUGGAAUUACGUUCAGUGUACUACUACCGGAGAUGAUUCCGAUCCAUCAAGAGCCGACGUCUUUGCCCUCAAUAGUUACUCAUGGUGUGGAGAUUCUUCAUACACUACUUCCGGUUAUGAUGUUCUUGUUUCGGAUUUCAGCAAUACUAGUGUUCCUGUUUUCUUCUCCGAAUAUGGUUGCAAUGUUCCAGCUCCUCGUGUUUUCACAGAAGUUCCAGUUCUUUACGGACCAUUGAUGACACCAGUUCUUUCCGGUGGAAUGGUUUAUGAAUUUUCUCAAGAAACUUCAAACUAUGGAUUGGUUACUAUCAAUGAUGAUGGAUCUGCUCAACUCCUUUCCGAUUACAACACUCUCCAGGAUCAAUUCAAUACCCUUAACAUUACUAGCAUCCAAGGAGUCAAGGCACAAAAUACCACUACAGUCGCACCAGCUUGUGAUUCAUCUCUCAUCACUAGCUCGACCUUUGCCAAUAAUUGGACUAUUCCUGCUGUUCCACCUGGAGCUGAAGAUCUUAUCAACAAUGGUAUUAAAAAUGCCAACAAUGGAAAGAUUAUCUCAGUUUCAAGUACUAAGGUCACCCAAAAAGUUACUGAUGUUGGAGGAAACACCAUUUCCGAUCUCGCCAUUAAGCCAUUAGCAAAUGAUGCAAGUAACACACCAUCUGGUGAAACUACUGGCUCAAAUGCUACAUCUAGUUCUACAACUUCAUCUUCACCUUCAUCAACCGCUACUGGUACCUCAUCAGCUGCUAGUUCUACAUCUACCAAGAAGAGUUCUGCCAGAAAAAUUGAAGGUAGCAUGAUUGCUUUAGUAGCUGUUCUUGGUGUUGGAUUGGUCUUGAUUUAAAUUCACUUUUUACACAUUUUUCCUUCACACUAUUUCGAUUCUUGCACAUAUUUUAUUUUUAUCAUUAUCGCAUACAUGCACACGCAUUUUCAUUGUACAUUUGCUUUUGUACAUGAUGUGGCUGGAUUCCACCGGGUACUCUGAGUCAUGAGAUACGUAAUGGGGAUGAUUUUCUUGGUAACCUUCUAGGGUGAUGUGAGUUGAUGGAUUUGAUGGUGUUUUCCUUCAAAGAAUGAUACUGGGGAUUUUUGAUGGAGAGAUUUUGGCAGAGCAAUUUUGGUGGGAGAUUUUGGGGAUUUUGGAGGAAGUUAUAUUUUGAGGAGGUUAUGGCCUAUAUAUGGCCUGAUGUUUUUGGGGUGAUGAUAGUGUGAAUUAAGGAAUUGGAGAAAUAAUGAAUAUAUGUGAUACCUUUCUCA